CAGCUGCACGGCGAGGAACCGGCCGCUCGAGCAGGAGCUUCAGGUCAACAGAAGAAGAGGAAUGCAGUGAUCAAGAAGAUGCAGAGUGACGUACUGGAGAGAGAGGGGGUGCUGUCAGUGACUGAGCUGCAAACAGUCAGUGCUUCUGUGGAGAAGCAUGUGGGCUGGUUUACCUGCACUGAUCACCUUGAACUGCUGUUAAACAGAGUGUCUGACACCCUUAGUCACCUGUUGGAGUUCGAGAGCAUGGGCAACAGAGACUGGAGUCAACUGACUGUCAAGAUCUGUCUUCAGAUCUUCCAGGCUGUACCCAAAAAUGUUGGAGCCAUUGUAUGGAGGGGGGAGUGUGGAAAAGAAGCUCUGCAAAGGAUUGUGGGAUUUCUGUUCCAAGUCAUCAUGAGCCAGAGUUUACACACAGACAUUCGACUACUGGCCAGUACAGCACUAGUGAAGCUGAUCAACAGCAGCCCUCAGCCCCAGCUUGGGGCAGUGGCAGCACUCCAUGCUGUCCAAUUGACACAAGAAGAGAUUGAUGGCUUGACUCUCGGAGAGCUGAAGGUCACAGUUAUGGCAAAGCGAACUGAUGGCUUGGGAAAUUUGCUGAUCAGUCGGGGUCUGGUGAGCUGCAAUCACAAUGAGAUGCUUGUCUGCCAACUACCAGGCUUCCAAAGUGGGGCCUCUGUCUUGCUGGAUCUGCUGUUUCCUGUCAUAGUGGCUCACUGUGAGGACAAACGGAGUCAGAUUCUGUCCCGUGCUUUUCAAGUGCUGACUCUGUGGCUGAAGUGCAUCAAGGUGAAUAUUGCCACAAUCUGGAGACUGCGUGCUGGGAGGCUGCUCGAGCAGCAUUCAGCUGUUACCACCCAACUAUUGGAGCUGAUAUGGCACAGGAUUGAAAGCCCAGUGGAGGGUCUGCUGGACUCUGUACAUUGUUCUUUCCGCCUGUUCUUGGAUAUUUACAGACAGGAAUGCAGCCACUUUGGGGAUGUGAAGCUGCCUCUUUACUCAUUCUUACUGCAUCGUCUUAAAGCCCUCCCAUGGCAGGUGAAAGCCAAAUAUUUGCUCCUCUCCUCUCUCGUCUCCUGCUUUGGUGCAGAUAAGAUCAUGGUUGAUUACGAGGAGCUUCCAAAACAUUUGUUCAACUGCCUUUCGACAAAUCACUUGUGCUCUGCUGCCUCUGAGCUGUACUGGACGAUACUGCAGCAGCACAGGUUGGAGUGCACUUUGACCCAAGGAACCCUGAAUGAACAGGAACUAGCAGAGAGUUGGGCUCAGUCGUGGCUGCAAAUACUGGCUGAAGCUUUAACGUCUGACCUCCCAUUAUAUCAGCAGAACACUGCCAAUUACCUCCUAGGAAGAACACUGAAGAUCUUCCCAGCGUCCUUCCACCUCCUGGCUAGGGCAUUUGAUGGUGGCCACCCAGAGCAUCACCUUGGCUGGAUCACCCUAAUCAGCACUCAGCAGGUAAUUUCUGGAUCCCUGCCCAUGGAGACCAACACACAGAGGAAUUUGAGGGCCUCCUUACAUUGUCUGGGUGACCGUGUGCGUCUCCGUGCUCUUGCUCUGCUGUGCAUCAGCCCUAAAACCAACCAGGCACUGAGUCCGAAGGCCAUGGGUCUGCUGAAGGAGUUCCUGCCUCUUAACAUGAAUUGCAGUUCCUCGUCAUUCAGACAGUUGCUUCAGGCUAGUGUGAAGAAAGCCCUGGUGAGGGUCAGAGACAGCUGUCUUAUGAACCUUCGUGCACUGAGAAGAUCAGACAACAGCAAAAAGGGAGGAGAAGGAUGCCCAGGAACAGCAGACUGUGUAUUUGAUGGUAUUGGUUUUGUACAGUGGCUGCUGGAGCUGAGUGUCUCUUCUCUGCUGCCAAGUCUGAGCUACCAGAGGAAGAAGACAGCAUUGCUGCUGAUGGAGGCCCUCCUCGAGACCUGUACAGACAGUUGGAGCCCUAACAGGAGGAAGGGACAGCCACCUCAGGACAUGACUGAGUUAUUGAACCUGGCGAGGCAAAGUGGGAGCUGGGAUUUCUUCUCACAGUCCAACCUGCAGAUCCUGGUGGGCUGCUUGAUGGAUGGAACAAAUGAGAUCAGGGAACUGGCUGCCAAGCUGCUGGUGAACUACCUUCCCAUGCUCCUACCCCAGCCCCUGGCUGGUGCUUUGUUUGAGCAUGCUCUGAGGAUGUUGUGCAGCCCCAGGGUGUCCCAGGCUGAGGCUGGAGCCCUAAUGGUGAAAACAGUUCUUCAAAAGUCUGACGUUUCAGUUUUGCUGGGCGUGAUUGCUCAUGGGGAGGCCCCUGAAGAUGUCUGCUCCCAACCGUUGAUCUUUGUAACUUACCUACAUCAGCAGUUGGAGGAGCAUUAUAGAGUGGCUCGUGCAGAUUUGCUGCAAGCUGCAAAGACCAAGCCACUGCAUGGUUUGAUAAUAGCACUGAGGAAAUGUUUGACAGAGGUAUCGGAGACCCGGAGUUCAUUGUGGCAGCAAUCUUUCAGAACAAGGUGGAGGCUAUUCAUCAGUCAGCUGAUGGACACCCUGAGUAAUAUUAGCCACUUUCUUCUCGAUACUUUGUCUGGGGCCCAAUUCUCUUGUCGGAGGCAAGAAACAGCUCCCUCCCUUGCUGAUAUGGGAAUUGCAAUCAAGGCUGUAAUAGCUGUGGGAAAAGGUCUGGAACAGAAUGUUGGGGAGGAUUCAGUGCUGCUAACUGAGGAUGACAAACUGAUCCAAACCUGCUGCUGGGUUACCCUGCGGGAGCUGGGGUUACUGCUGGGACACCUGGUGGAGCUUGGACUUUCACCCCACACCUCUGCAAAUUCGGCUCACCUGCUGUCUACGGCACAGAUACAAAACACCGCAGGAAUUUUCCUGGACAUGCUUCUGAAAUGUCGGCACUGGGGAGUAGUUGAAGGAAGCAGCGCUGGAUUCACCAGGUUCUGUGCAGCCCUUCUGAAACGACAGUCUCCAGAAUUGCAAUCUAUUCCUCGACAGAUCUUGGAGAAGGGGUUGUCAGGUCUGCGGGGUCCUCGGAGCAGUUCGAUUACCAGGAGGGCAGCUGGCUUGCCGAUGCUGUUACUGUGUGUUGUGGCUGGAGAAGACAGUGAGACAAAACCUCUACUCCAUUAUUGCAUGAAGACAUUACUGGAUAUUGCCAACACUCCUCUGUCCAGUGACUGGGAUCAGACAAUUGAUCUCCCACAGGUUUGUUCAAUCCAUACAUUAAAAACUCUGACUCAGAGUUCCGUUCUGGGAUCUGCUGUAUUAACAUACACCAGCAACAUGGCUACCCUGUGCUUGCAAGGGCUCAGCUCUGCAUCCUGGGCCAUGCGCAAUGCAGCUAUUCAACUUCUCAGUACUUUAACCUGUCGUGUGUUGGGUAAGAAGUGUAGUGGAGAUGACUCCGCGUGGAGCGGGGUGACGGCGUGCACAUUCUUCUUGCACUACCCAGAAUUGAAGAGUCUUCUCCUUAAAGAGCUGUAUAAUGCAACAAGCCAAGAUUCUGCGCCUGUGGGAGGGCAUCUUCAACUCUACCCUUCGCUCCAUUCCAUUCUCAGCCUGUUGGCGAAACUCCAACCAAGUGUAAAUGACACAAAUGGUGCUUGUUCUAGGUUUCUCCACCCUCUGAGGCAGCUCGCAGCCAAUCCGAUUCACAGUGUGCGCGUGAUGUCUGCAAAGGCUCUGGUUGCGCUGGUCCCACUCAUGGAAUACAGCAAGGUGCUGGCAGCUUUGGUUGGAGACUUACCGGCUUGUGAUACACCUAUCUUCCACAAUACACUGCACGGCCAACUGCUGCAGGUGGAAGCUGUCCUGGGAGCUGGGCUGGAUGCAGGCUGCUUAAUUCCCCAGGAUCUACAGGAUGUGGUGAAGAGUCUGGAAAUGAAGCUUUGGUUGGUGAGCCCAGUGCAACGCUGCCCAUUGAUCCAAGCUGCCUACCUGAAGAUAGUUUCAUUGGUACUGGGUUUGUGCAGUGAGGAGUUCUUGAGCAGUCUCCAGUUGGUGCUCCUUGCUGAUCUGGAAACCCCUCCAUCCAGGCUGAUGAUUGGCUCCGCGAUAUUUCGGAGAGCUGUAACUCACUACCUGUGUGCCGAGGUGGUGCGAGCAGGAAGUCCACACCAGCUGGAGCGGAUUGACAGGUUGUUGUUCUGUGGCGACCUUGACAUCCGCCUUGCUGUCCUCACCUGGAUCACGCAGGAUCUCAGUUGCAAGAAUCAGCUGGCUGGCUCGUGGAUAUUGGAGCAUCUAUUGAGCAACUUACAGCUGGUGUUAUUGGAGAAGGAGCCAAGUUCGGAGCUCUUAAGAAGCUGGCUGGAAGCCAUUGUGUUCCUGCAGGAAAACCAACAAGAGCAGGAGUCAAAGGCAGUACCUGAAGAUCUGAACCUGCGAGUGCACUGCAUUGAGAUACUGUUGUGUAAAAUAGAAGUGGCAACACUUGGGCCCAUUCUUCACAGUCAGGCUCUGCGUGCAGUCAGUGUGCUUCUGGCUGACAGUUGCCAGGUUCUCUCUCUUGCUCUGAUGAUGCGUUGGGCAACACACCUAGAACACUGUAGUGAUGCAACAUCCAGUGAAAUACUGCAUCUGAGUGCUGCCAACUCACUUGUCCAGGCAGGUGUGAAAGUGAUAGCAUGGGCAUUGAUGGACUCUCCCAGACAUGUCCCACUGGUUGUCAGGAUAAUAAAUGCAGGAAUCUGUUUGUUGCAAGAUGAGGAUCCGAGGGUGCGGACAGAAGCUGCCAAGUUUGCUACUCAGGUGCACCGGUUAUCUGGCAGCAGCGGUGAGCAGUUAACUCACUUUCAGCCCAACAGGGCUCUGCUCUGUCUGCUUGAGUUCCUGUUACAGAAUUGUUGGGACUGCAAGCAAAUAUUUGAAGUUUUGAUGCAGUACAUCCCAGCUGUAGAUGUGGCUGCAAUCCUGGUUGAACUAAGGAGUGACAAAGCAGCAAGUCUAUACGAGGAGGAUGAACCAAAUGUGUUUGCCGAACCAACAGUGUUUGCUACAAUCCUGCUGCCUUUUCUUCUCCGAAUAGUAGAAAAGUGGGAUAGUUCUGCAGCCGGUCAUGGAUGGCUUGAGGCCUGGGCCAUAGAAAACCACUCAGACCUUGUGAGGAAUAUGAAACAGCUUAACCAGAGAUGGAGACAAGGGAUCCUUCUAGUCGAAUGCUUAGAUGUUCUGGCUGCUGCUAACUUUUACCCUGCACUUGUGGGACUUCUUGUGAGGCUGAAUGUUCUCUUCCAUCAUCUUCAAACGCUUGAAUCUCUCAAUGUGGACACAUCUAACAUUGGUGGCCCCUCAUACGGACUGCAGGCUGACCUGGAGCAACUGCACGGACUAAUCACCCAGGCUGGAUUAAUCCCAGUCAGUAUGGGAUUAGAUACAUGGAAGAAAUCAAUCACUGGGAGGAACACAGAUCUAGUUAACUGCAUCGAGCUGCACAUUCCAGCAUUUGAUGUCCUCAGAGACUUUCUCGACUGCCAGUUUCUCGAUCAAGAAUGUUUGUCACUGUUAAGUAUGGAGGCAGCUGAGGAAAUUUGGCAUGAUGGUGACUACCCUUGCCACCUUUUAUAG